CUUGAGAAACGUGACUGAGAUUACCAGAUAAUUUUCUGAAGAGUCAUUUGGUAAAGUAAUAAGAUCAAUUUCCAAAUUUGGCCUCAUUAAUAUUACAGUCUUUUAUUUAUUAAUUUAAGAGAAUAAAUUCAAUUAUAUAUACGCAACAUCUUAAAGUUAUGUUAAGACACUCAGUAAGAAGAUUCACAACUACUCGGUUGCACUUUAUUGCCAACAAAUUAAAAACUUCCGAUCUUAACCAACAAACUCUUGAAGCAAAGUAUGCUGUCAGAGGACAUAUACCUAUCAAGGCAGACGAAUUAAGUCAACAUAUUUUGGAAAAUCCUGAUGAUCAUGGUCUCCCAUUUGAAAGUAUCAUUAGUGCCAACAUAGGAAAUCCUCAACAACUUGAUCAAAAGCCACUUUCAUGGUAUAGACAAGUUCUUUCUAUUCUUCAAUAUCCUCAUAUUUUGGAUUUGGCUCUGUCUAAAGGUGUUAAGGAAUUGUUCCCACAAGAUAUCAUUAAGAGGGCCAGCACACUUUUGAAGGAUGUUGGAUCAAUUGGUGCUUAUUCUCAUUCACAGGGUACUCCAGCCAUUAGAAAAUCUGUCGCAAAGUUUAUCUCUGAUAGAGAUGGUUACCCUGCUGACCACAACAAAAUCUUCCUUACUAGUGGUGCUUCAGCAGCGGUUUCAUAUCUAUUACAAAUUCUCUCUCGUGAUGAAAAUAGUGGAUUUUUAAUUCCAAUCCCUCAAUAUCCAUUAUAUACUGCAUCUAUUGCUUUGAAUAAGGCAAAGCCAAUUUGUUACUACUUGAAAGAAGAAACUAACUGGUCUACUGAUCCAGUUGCUAUCAGAAAGUCUAUCGAAGAGGAAAAGGCAAAAGGUAUCGAUAUCAAGGCCUUGGUCGUGAUUAACCCAGGUAAUCCAACUGGGGCCAUUCUUGAAGAAUCCGACAUUGCCGAUUUGAUAGAUAUUGCAGCUGACCAUGGAAUGGUUUUAAUUGCAGAUGAAGUGUACCAAGAAAAUGUAUUCACUGGUAAGUUUGUUUCAAUGAAGAAGGUAUUAUCUUCCUUAUUAGAAAAGGACCCUAAGAGAUACAGCAAUGUUCAAUUAGCUUCAUUGCAUUCGACUUCUAAGGGUGUUUCUGGUGAAUGUGGUCAACGUGGUGGAUACAUGGAACUCAUUGGAUUCUCUUCUGAAGUCCAAGAUGUCAUUUUCAAAUUGGCUUCUAUUAAUUUAUGUUCUGUAGUUUCGGGCCAAGCAUUGAUGGAAUUGAUGAUCAACCCUCCAAAGGAAGGUGAACCAUCGUUUGCAUUAUACAAGAAGGAAACUGACACAAUUCACGAUGACUUGCAAUCAAGGGCCGAUGCAUUAUAUGAUGCAUUUGUUGCCAUGGAUGACAUUACCUGUAAUAAACCAGCUGGGGCAAUGUACUUGUUUCCAAGAUUACAUUUCUCUCCAGAACAAUAUCCUGAGUUAUUUACUGAAUCCGAAGAAGCUGGUAUUCCUCCAGAUGAUGUCUACUGUAUCAAGUUGUUGGAAAAGACAGGUAUUUGUUGCGUGCCAGGAAGUGGGUUUGGACAGGUUCCAGGAACAUAUCAUUUGAGAACAACAUUCUUACCUCCAGGAAAGGAAUGGGUUGCCAGAUGGGAAAAGUUCCACCAAGAAUUCGUUAAGCACUAUAAGAAAUAGUUAAAUUCAG